GAAGAUAGGCCUGCUAUUCCCCGCAAGCCAGUUGGAGCUGAUAAGGAAGCCAACCCUCUUCCUCAACGUUUUGAAUCCUCACACGAUACUCAUCAGCAACAACAAAGGCCCUGGACGCCUGAGUCCAAUCUAACAGAUGAUGAGGAAUAUGGUCACAUUGCCAUGGUGAACUACGACAGCGACCAUAGUACAAAAUGA